AUGAAGUUCCCAAUCGCGAAUCUGUUUACUUUCUUUGCUGUCGCCUCCAAGGUAUCAGCUUGGUAUGUCCAAUUCCUCAACGAGGACAACAAAUGUGAAGUCGGAGAGCAGACAGAGUACCAGCUCCUUAUAGGCGACAAGUUUGACUGCUAUAACUUCGGUGCCAGUUACAAUGGCAUUGAGUGCGAUCACUUCAGGGAAGGUGGGUUUGAGAAAUUAUGGGAAUGCAAGGGCACGUUCAUCGCCAAGUCAGCUAAGCCCAAGCAUGACACGGGCUCUGUCUGCAAGUUCUAUGCUGCCGUUGACUGCCAGGGUGUUGGUAUCUCUGGGGAGGGCGGCUCGUGCGUUCCUGUAAGCCAGUUGAUUGGAGAUGGAACCUCUGUUCCUCAACGUAUUGCGUCUUUCAGAUGUGAAAACACUGAGGAACCCGCUUAA